CGGGCCCGCCAUGGGCUCCCUGGGCCGCUGCCUGGCCCGGAGCCUCCCGCGGGGGCAGCCGGGCCUGAGGCCCCCCGGGCCCCGCUGCUACGGCUCCGCCCCCCCGGAGCUGCGGGAGAAGACGCUGGUCCUGGCCAAGCCGGACGCGGUGCAGCGGCGGCUCGUGGGGAACAUCAUCCAGCGCUUCGAGCGCCGCGGCUUCAGACUGGUGGCCAUGAAGCUGCUCCAGGUGGACCAGGGGCUCGUGGACAGGCACUACCAGGAGCUGCGGCACAAGCCCUUCUACCCUGCACUCGUCACCUACAUGACCUCGGGGCCGGUGGUGGCCAUGGUGUGGGAGGGCUACAACGUGGUCAGGUCCACGCGGGCCAUGGUUGGGGACACCGACUCCGUGGGGACCAUCCGGGGGGAUCUCAGUGUGCACAUCAGCAGGAACGUCGUCCAUGCCAGUGACUCCGUGGAGACGGCCCAGAGGGAGAUCGGCUUCUGGUUCCAGCGGGACGAGCUGGUGGACUGGGAGAGCAGAGACAGGGACCACACCUACGGGCCCUAGGGAUGGACCCCCGCGCGUGGACACCCCCAAUAAACCCCCGUGCCUCCA